UUCGUCUUCCUUUUUCCCAGAUGCAUCCGGAUCAAUAGAAAGCAGCCUGUUGAUGAUUCCCUCCUAAAGGCCUGUAAGGCCGGCGGUCUGGAUUAUUCAGAAUUAGCACUGCCCAAAGAAAUUUCCAUCUGGAUUGAUCCUGGUGAAGUUUGCUGCAGGCUUGGUGAGAACAACCAGUACUUCACGGUGAAGGAUGAGCAGAACACCAGUGGGAAAUCAACACCAGAGCCAGAGACGUCUGACUAUCACUCAGAAUCCCCCUCUGAGAAUUCAGAAGAUGAAAGCCUGGUCAAGCUUCCUAAGACAACAUAUCUGGGCAAAAGUCGGCCAGCUUUGAAACACAGUCCCACACCGCCUACCCAGUAUUUCUACGUUCCAACUCCUCUCUGGGUUCCGUGCCCUCAGAGUGUGGUCAGCUACAUCCCAACCUACCAGCCUGUGCUCUACUACGUUGACAUCCCCUCAAAAUCACCUGUGCCCAGAAAACCCAACCCGACUCUGGUGAAACGCCUCACCAAGCGGGCCUCCAAAGCCUGAAGAUGCGGGAGGCUGAGUGGCAACUUGGUCCCUCAUACACCUCAAGCCUAGAAUUUGGCCUUAUUUACACUGACAUUGGGACCUUUGGGAAGAAAACAACUUUUUUUUUUAUUCUCUUUCAGCUGGUUGCUAACUCUUGGCAAUUCUCUUCCAUGGGGGGAAUUACCAAAAGUUACCCUCUUCACCUCGCCCCCAGGCCGAAAGAUGGGGGUGGCACUGCCUUGUUUCUAUGGUGCCAAACAAGUGUAGCAUUAGCAUUGUAUAUUAUUUAGCACUUCAGCAUAGUAGGGAUAAAACUGGAGACCUGGGUUUCUUCUACGUUGCACUCAGCAGGAUCUAAGAGUUAGAGCAGAACGCAAAGGGGAAUGAGGAAAGAACGAGAGGGGAAAGAAAAACCAGGUCAACAGGCUUCUGCACCUAGCCAACUUUGCUUAAGGUAUUUACUGCUUCUGCAAAACCUGGCUAAUCAUGACUGAAUUAUGUGGGUGUAUCCUGUGAUUUUUUAAAAAAAGGAUAACUUUAAAAAACUUUCUGCUGCUAUCAGCAGAGCAGGGGAUUCUUUGUUGAUGUUUGUUUCAGUCAUUCGUUGCCUCCCCUUCGAGUUGCUACAUCAGGGCAUCUCAAACUACAGAUCAGGAACCUUGGGGGUAGGGGGUGGACAACCUUCUUUUGCCAGGAGGUCAAAACCUGUGUUUUUGGUUUUGUUAAUCCAGCAAGCAAUUGGCCAGUGAAUAUUGCGAUUACUAUUUAAAAAGACACGAUGAAUAAUUUUGAGAGAGAGUUUGUGGGUGAAGUGGUUAAGGCAUCAGGCUAGGAACUGGGAGACCGUGAGUUCUAGUUCCACCUUAGGCAUGAAAACCAGCGUGGUGACCUUGGGCCAGUCACUUUCUCUUAGUCCUAGGAAGGAGGCAAUGGCAAACCAUGUCCAAAAAACUUUGUGCCCAAAACAACAACAACCCUGCAGAGACUUAUCCGUCAGUCUCUUGAGAAUUGGACCUGAUUCCUUAGAAAAAGGAAAAAAAGAGAUUUGGGGAAAAAAGAAAGAUUAGUAAUGACUUUUAGAGCCCACUCUUAACCCCCCCCCCCCAAAAUAAAAUCAUUUGUUUUACUCAUAGUGGCAAGCAGAAAUUAAUUUAUCCUUUUGGGAUCCUGGCAUUGCCAAAUUUGAUGAAUUGUCAGCUAAUCCUGUUUCUGUUAAUGGUGAAGACUUAAAAGAUUGUAUUGUAAAUGCUUGUUAUGUAUUGCUCAUCUAUCCAUGGUUUCAGCUUUUGAACUCAUUAUUUCUACAUUUCCAAAUACUAUGUUUGCAACGGAAGGGCUUGAAAUUAAAGGGAGGAAAAAAAGGGUGGGGGAGAGCUGAUAAUUUGAAAAUAACCCUUUUUAUACCUGAGAGCAAUUUCUGUCCUUGCAAAGAGCGAGCAAGUUAUAUACAAGGCCACAGAAAUAAUACUUAACCUACCUCAAAGAAUGAUGUUAUAAAGAGGGAUAAGUGGGAACAGUUUAAUUAUUGUUAUUAUUAUUAUUUUAAAUAUUUGUAGCUUCUCUGGAAGGACUUGUUGAUGGGCAAAGUAUUAUUAAUGAUGAUUAAUAUAUGUCUUGUAAAUAACGAUCAGGGACAAGUUUUUUUUUUUUAAUUUAUAUAGAAGCAAUGAAAUUGUGUAAAUAAUAUAUUACACCUGCAGCUUGUUUUUAUGCACCAUUGAUACAAUGUAUUUUUUUUGCUUUUUAUAAGAUGCUUUUUCUAUAAAACUUUUAAAAUGAAAUAUUAAAAACAAUAAAGGAUGAAUAAUAAACUA